GACACCUGACUAGUUCAUGUAGGUUCAGUCAACCCUUCGGGCAUGCUAUGCACGGCUCAGCACAACUCUCGGUUGACUUAUUCCAGACGGCCGCAUUUAGCAAGAUGCAGUGUUAUAUUUGCGUUACAUAUCUAAUGAUCAUUGCCACCGCUCAUCCGCCGAAACAUCGAGAAACUUCCAAAAGUGUCGAGAAAAGGUCUAUUUUCAACGAUGUUAUACAAUCACUACGAAUAAGAUCGCAGUUACCCGAAGAUAUAAACUUGAACGACGAAAAUAAUAUAGGACAAAACGACGACAGUUACAAAUAUGACAAUGAACCACUUCAAUUGCCGAGUGACUUUGAAUUCAUGCCUCGACGAAACGAUAGAAUAGAAAUGCCGACACUAAAAUAUCGCUUUCCAAAAAGUCUCAUGUUGAACAGUAGCAACGCUAAAGAUAAUAAAGAGGAAGUAGUAAUAUACAUAAAUACACCGUCAGAUUUCAACGAUGUUAAAACUACUACCCAGAAACCAAAGAAACAGAAACGACCUAGACCGACUGUUGACAAAAAUAAAGUUGCGAUCAAAAAUACAGAUGAAAGUGAAAGUGAAGCAGAAAUAGAUACAUCUGACAUACCCUUCGUGAACACAAUGGCUGGACAAAGUCAAAUAGGUAACCGGGAAUCACAAACUGUAGUGAAACCAACAGUGAUAGUUAACUUUAGAGGAUCGGUAAUGCACAGAGAGAGCGAUAUAAAACUCGAAAAGAGAAAAAGUAAGAACGAUACACUGAUGCCUCAUAACAUUUUUAAUAUCAAACAGGAGAUUAACCUUGAUAGGGCUGAGGGGCAGGGUUAUAUGGCAGAUAUCAAAAAAGUACCUUCGAAAGUUAAACAGAACGUGAAUGUUGUUUCGAAUCAUGAGAAGCCUAGAAUUGAGGAAGACAUGAUGAUGUGCGAAACGGCGUCUUGGAAGGCGAAAGAAAAUAAAAGUCACACAGAUCGCAAGCGAGACGUUUUACAAAUACUUGUAUCAAUUUAGGUAUAUAUUAUAUUUAGUAAAAUAUUAAAUUGGAUAAAAUUUGUCAAUAUUAGUCUUAAGUAUAGUAAAAAGACUCUAACUGAAAGCUUCUGGGUUAAUCAUUUUAGCCAUUAAGAUCCAUUAAUCAACAAGCAGUUAUAAAAGAUCGAGUUCAGUUUUAGAAAGAAAGUAUUCUAUUUUAUUUAUGUAAUAGGUUAUCGGGUCGGUACCUACAGUCAGUGAUUACGUUAUAUGAUUGCUCUUGCCAGGAGUGUUAGUGUUAAUUAUAGCUUAUCAUUUUGUUAACUUUAAUGCAAUGAAAAUUAAUUAUUAAUAAGUAGACACAUUUAGAGUGAAAUAAAACAUUAUUUUCUAAAA